AUGCUCUUUGGCCUCCGACGAUUUUCGCCAUCCACCUCAAACCAAAAUAACUAUUUAUCUCGGAUGUCGAGACAAAUACCACUUUCCUAUUCCCCAUCAAUGAUCACGCUCUUCUUUCUAUGUCUUCUGAGCCUGAACGGGAAGGUCACCUCGCAAGUCCUGACUGCCACCUUGCCCUCCUAUGCUCCCGUCAGCGUUGAAUGUCCGGCGAACCAACAGCUUUUGCGGCUGGCCGGAACCCCCACCGGGCGAAACCAAACCUUGUCACAGGCGGAGGCCAACUUUCUCACGGGCAGGAAAUCCGUCACAGCCCCACUCUGGCGGGAAUUCUUCACCAACGGGCCCGGCAAGGCCACCGGCUACCAGUCUACCUCGUUGUUGGCCCAAAAUCAGCAAGAUUGGCCCGUCCUUGGGAUCGCCCAUUCUGGCGGUGGUCUGCGCGCGUCAUUAUAUGCUGCUGGAGUGUUCCAAGCAUUUGAUACAAGGUCUACCUCUAGCCCCGUGCGAGGCGUUUGUCCGCUAGCAUCGUAUGUCACCGGUCUCAGUGGUGGCAGCUGGCUGGUUGCAUCUCUGGCUGCAAACAAUUACCCAACCGCGUCCGAGAUGGUCUCAGGCUGGCAGCUGGAGAAGGACCUUGCCCUUCCCGGUGGACUCAACCCCCUGAGGAAUGCGCAGUUUCUAGACGCUGUUCAUGACACAGCAAAGCUGAAAGAAAACGCGGGCUAUAACAUCUCCUUAACGGACCACUGGGGACGCGCUCUUGGAUACCAUUUCUUGCCUGGAACAAAUCCUGACAACUUCUAUACCAAUUCGCCAACAACUGCCCAUGGCGCUGGCAUUCUUUUUUCGAGUCUUUCAAACACAAAAAUGGUGCAGGAGUUUCUGACCCCGCUACCAAUAAUUGUCAGCAACCACAAGCCCGUCGGAUCAACCGCCAACCCAAGUAGCGUGACCGUCUCCGGAUCAACCUACGUCCCGCUUUCCGCACCAGUCUACGAGUGCUCACCGUUCGAGUUUGGGAGCUUUGACCCUCAGCUGAGUGCAUUCAUUCCCACACAGUACCUCGGCACCAGUCUCAAUGCUGGGAAGCCUUUCAUCGCUUCCUCCGUCAUCAAAGCCGCGAAAACCGACCCCAAAGAUAGCUGUGUUCGUGGAUUUGAUCAAUUGAGUUUCGUCAUGGGAAGCUCGGCUACACUUUUCAAUGCGUUGACUGGUCUUCCAACCCAAUAUUCCACGGUUUUGACUACGAUGGCCAGCAAACUCUCUGCGGCCAGUGUUGACAAAUCCUUAACGGCUCGGUACCCGAAUUCUUUUAGAGGAGUGAAUGGCCCGGCUGGGUUUGACCGCUCGAACUCCGACGAGUUGGUGAUCGUUGAUGGUGGAGAAAACGGCGAGAAUAUACCACUUAAUCCGUUGCUAGCUCCAGCUAGGCAGGUCGAUGUUAUCUUGGCGGCGGACGCAUCUAGGGAUUCUGAUUCAAGUGGCGUCAAUGGGGCUGGCUGGCCCAACGGAAGCAGCAUGAUCAACACUUUCUUGAGGGUGAUGAAAAUCUUACCAGCCGGCACGGCCAACUUUCCACCUGUCCCCCUGGAUUCAAAAAUCUGGGAGCAAAAGGGUUUUUCAUCUCGACCCACAUUCUUCGGCUGCGAGGCCCCAAUUAACCAAGGCAAUGGUGGAUAUCCUUUGGUGAUUUACUUGCCAAAUAGCCCCACUCAAUCCCCUCCGUUCACCAAUUACUCAACCUUCAAAUUACAAUAUUCGAAGGAGGAGAGCAGCUCGUUCCUCAACUCGGUCAUGGAGUCGACGAGUAAGCCAAGGAUUCAAACCAACAACGGUGACGCCGACUGGCCCACAUGUCUAUCCUGUGCAUUGAUAGAUCGCGCUAGGAAUCGGCAGGGCGUGGCGCGGUCCGGUCCGUGUCAAAAUUGCUUUCAACGUUAUUGCUUCAGUUGA